CCCCCUCCAAUCACAGCUGAUACCAUUUCAUGUGUAAUAACUCCUCUUUCUCUCCUGAAAAAUGUCAUAACUUUUCAUCAGUUUUUUUUUAAUUCUGCAAUUUAUAGCCAUCAAACAAAGAAGGACAGUAUAUUUCCUCCAGCAUAGAAGAGGCUAUGCACUUCUAGCGAGCAUAUCUGAAGAGUUGUCAAUAUUGCCAAGAUCCGGCAUGGAACCAUCAGUAACAAUCUGUGUCUUAUAAUUACAUGCAUGCAUGUAUGCAUAAUACAACUGGUGUCAGUGCGUUUAUAUUCCUCUAACUUAGCAGUUGGGUAAAAGAAACUGAUAGAAUAAGUACCAGCCUUGAAAAAAUAAAAGUUCUGGUGUUAAUUCAUGCGACUAAAAUGCUUCAGUGCUGUGCUCCAGUAUGGCCGCAGCCUUAGACUGGAACAAGUAAAAGAUAAAAGAUCAUUUACGGUUAUUUUCGUUUAUUAGGUUUGUAUGUAUUUAACAAGCUAAACUACAGCUUUGCCUCUACGUGACUUGAUUGUUAACACUUUACCUCCGCGACCUCAAACUCUACGACGGUGCGAGGUUGAACCAACCACUUGCAGAGGCAGUUUGAAUGAUUUAAAAAUUACCAAAGGUGGAAGGGAAAAGUAUGAACAAACUGGCAGAAUGUGAUGCUAGCCAAAAUUGGUGUUUUGGGGACAGCUUUUUUAAUCUCUGUAGUGGCAUUGAUAUUUUCUACCUCAAGUGAACAACAGCCAGUUUUUGCUAGUGCCAAAGAAGGCCAUGAAAAACUUGUUGCUGAAAUACCAUGUUCCAAGGAUUACGUUUCUGAACCAUUCAAAGGCUGUAUUCCAUCCCAAUGUAAAAGGGUUGUGUUGGACCACAUGGUGACUACAGAUGAAGCAAAAUCUCUAUUACUGCUUGCUAAGAAAGGCCUUGCUUUUGGAGGUUCUGAUGGUGGAGCAUCCAUUUUAGAUUUACAUUCCGGUGCUUUGUCGAAAGGGAAUUCAUUUGUGGACAUUUUUAAAAUGUUGGGAAGCAAAUUCAGUGAGGUAUUCACAAAAGAAGAUUUUCAGAUUUACAAAAGAGUGAAAGAAAAAGUAUUUCAAGCCAUCAUUAAUGAGUUCAAUAUCCCUCAUACAGAUCUCUAUCUUACUAAACCAACCUUCUUUUCAAGAAUGACGCCAAAACCAGCUAAAACCAUUCAUGAUGAAUAUUGGCAUUUACAUAUUGACAAGAAAACGUAUGGCACCUUUCACUAUACAUCUCUCUUGUAUCUAACCACCUAUGGAAAAGAUUUCACUGGCGGCAGAUUUACAUUUGUUGACAAAGAUAAAAAUUCCACUGUGGAACCUAAAUUGGGUCGUGUAUCAUUUUUUACUUCAGGAUCAGAAAAUCCUCAUUUUGUUGAAAAGGUUUCUUCAGGCGAGAGAUAUGCAAUCACGAUUUCAUUCACAUGUGACCCAACCAAAGCAAUCAAAAUCCAAUGAUUUCACAUACUGAUCCACUGGACCCAGUGAAUCCCCUACAUAGAACUUCUUUUAUUUUUAUUUUUCAUAUAUUUCUUUGUUUAUUCAAAGCAAUAGUCUUCCAUACACAUACACACAUGUACGCACACACACACAUACAUACAUACACAUACAUACAUACAUACAUACAGACACGCACAUAUCUGACAGUAUUAAUUCUGAAACUGAACUAUUGCAAAGAGAACCAACUUCUCUAGAAUUUUCUUUUUAUUGGUCAACCCAAGGUUAUGACUGAAGACACUUGCCUAAGGUACCACACAGUGGGAUUGAACUCAGAACCACAGAACCACAUCAUUUCAAAGUAAACUUCUUAACCAAACAAUAAAGAAACAAUUAUUACUCAUUGUUGUGACGUAAGGAA